AUGCGUUUCUCAGUUGCUUCCGCUGCUCUCUUCGCUGGUGCCGCUGUUGCCAUGCAGGGCUAUGGCAACAACGGCUACGAACCCCAGGGCUACGGAGCUGAGGGCCAUUCCACCGUCUACUCUACUAAGGAGGUCACCAUCACCUCCUGCGGCCCCGAGGUCACCAACUGCCCCGGAAACCAGACUCCAGUUCCUCCAGUUCCUACCACCUCCGCCGGCGAGCCAGUCCCAGUCCCAACUUCUUACUCUACUGAGUACGUCACUGUGACCGACUGCCCACCAGAGGUUACCAGCUGCCCGGCCUCUUCCACCCGUGUUGAGACCAGCGUUGUCCCAGCUCCCACCUCUGAGGCAACUGCUGUCCCAACCGAGCCCUCCUCCAGCGAGACCGCUCUCCCAACUGAGUCUGUCCCCAUGGGAACCGGCAACCUCCCCAUCCCAGUCCCAUCCGGCACUGGCACUGGUGUCCCAACUGUCCCAUCUGGCGGUGUUCCAACUGAGAUCCCACCAUACCCAACCAACGUUCCCCCAAGCCAGCCAUCUCCAAGUGUCUCUGUCACCUACAUCACCACCUGCAUGCCAACUGUCAUCACCUCUACCGUCACCAUGCAGCCAACCCCAACCGUUGUCCCAACUGGCGGUGUUCCCGGAACUGGUGCUCCUGGCAUCCCAUCCGGCACUGGUGUCAUGCCAACUGGAACCGGUGUCUUCCCAACCACCGCUCUCCCAACUUACACCGGUGCCGCCAGCACCUUCUCCGGCUCUUACGCCGUUGCCGGUCUUGCCGGUCUUGCCGCCAUCAUCCUGGCAUAA